AAACAACUUAUAUCAUAUAUAAUAAAAACACCAACUAUACCUCGAGUUUUUAUUUAACUUAUUGUGUACAAUAACUUAUAUAUUAAUACAUUCAAAGAAAAUGUUGGAAACUGAAUCUGUGGGAGGCUCUCGCAACUGGCUCCUCCAUGCUCGGUACGUGAGGGGCGAGCAUGCAAUGUGUCUGGAGAUGGCCGAACAGUUGCAAAAGCAAUGCCAGAACGCACACAGAUAUGCUCAUUUUAUAAAGGGUUUAGUGCUAGCAGAUGCAGGACGGUAUCAGGAAGCGUUGGAGAGGUUUCACAGCUGCAUCAGACUGCAACCACACGACCCAGAGCCUUUGAAACAAGUCGGCAAAUGUUUAUUUCGCCAGGGACGUUACCAACUUUCCCUGGAAGCUUAUUUAGAAGCUGAUAAAUUGACAAAACAUCCGGAUCCAGAUACGUAUUGUGCUUUAGCGGAAUGCGCAUGGAACUUGGGCGAUGCCGAGCGCGGCGUCGAAUGGGCACGAGCCGCUGUGCAGGCGGGCGGCGGCGAGAGAGCUGGGGCCUUACUUGCCAAGCUGCUACUGGCCUGUGAUGAUAUGCAAGGAGCACUGAAUGCUUACGACCACGCAUUAUCGACCCAUGCCUGCGGUGCCGAUACUCUAGCCGCAGCUGGAGCCCUACGGCUGCGUAUUGGCGAUCCCCGCCGAGCCUUCCAACUCCUCGGUGCUGCGUUAGCUCAGCAGCCUACACAGCACGCUGCAGCCCUAGCGUUGGCAGCUAUGUUGCUGCAACAUAAAGAUCUGGAUGCAGCUCUAGCGAGAUUGAAAGCAGCACUAACAGCCCAUCCUACCUGUGUGGCCGCUCAUACAAACUUAGGAUUAGCUUUAAUGGCGAAAAAGAAAUAUAUCGCUGCCUUGACAUGUCUCCAACGGGCAGUCUGGGCGGCUCCACUCAGUGCAAGAGCUGCCCAUGACCUGGGUCUAACUUUGCUGAUGUGUAAGAGACCUACUUCAGCAUUUUGCAGACUAGCGGCAGCAGCUGCGCUGCAACCUUCUCAACCGUACACGGUACUCCUCAUAGGUGUGGCUUUGGAACGUCUCGGGGACAGCCGAGCUGAUGCAGCCUACGUCCGAGCGAUGGCAUUGGCCCCAGAAGAUCCCCUUGUCAGGCUAAACUUAGCUGGGCGUCAUGCGAGAGCCGGUCGACUCACUGAAGCUGUGGAAGAGGCCGGAGUUACAGCAGAGUUGUUGAAUAGAGAAGAGAAAGCUGAUGGUCAGUUGGCAAGUUCUUUGGCAUCCCUUUUGGCAUUGUUGCGCGACGCUGGCGUUGAACUGUCACAGUUGCCAAGCGUUCCUGACGCGAACACACCGUUGCCUAUUGAGCCAACCAACGAAGUUGCCACGCCUGAUGAAGAACGUCUGGCACCUGACGAAGUUUAGUUAUAGAACCAGCUCCCCGCCAACCGUUUGAUGUUACAUCAAUUAUGCUUCAAAAACAUCAAAUUAUCCAAUCAAAUCAAUGAAAAUGUAUUUUCGAGAGAUGUCUAAAAUGAAAGUAUUAAAUUCAUUUAGCAUUUGGAUAGAUAGAUAGAUACUCUUUAUUGUUUCCUCCAAAAGAUUACAAUAGUAAACUUAUUAUAAAUAUAAAUAAUUACAAGAAAUAAUCACAAUGAGAAAACAAUGGGCGGCCUUAUCGCUAAAAGCGAUCUCUUCCAGGCAACCUUUGGAUGGAAAGGAGUAUUUAUAAACAGUUUUUUUUGAGGCACGAUGAAAAUUCUAUUUGAUUGAUAUUUUAUAGGAUUCAUACUACAUAUUUACGACUUCUAAUAUCCCAUAUUCAGAAAUGGUCUCGUUACCAUUUUAUUAUACGUAUGUAAAUAUUAACCUUGGGUAAGCAAUAUAAUAUAAAUA